GUGUUGGGAACCCUCAAAAGUAAGUCAAAAGAUAAUAGAAAAACUGAUGUGGUGAUAAAACGAAAAUUUUUAUAGUUACAAAAAAUUUGGAAAGGAGAAACGUCGCAGGUACUUCGAAAUUAGCGUAAAGGGAUUUUGGGAUUGCUUGAAAUUUUCAAUCCGAGCCCUUAAUCGCUAGCACAACUUCGGUGCGAAUAGAGGCACCAAUCACAGGGGUGCAGUUCAACCAAAAUACAUACAUACAUACAUAUAUAAUAGAUUUUUUCAGUAUUUUAAUAAAAUAAACCAAUAUGGAUGGCAAUAAGGAUGAAGCUGCGCGCUGUAUUGAUAUAGCAGUGCAAGCCUUUGCCGAGGGUAAAAUGGAGAAAGCUGAGAAGUUUUUAUUAAAAGCGGAAAAACUUUUUCCCACAGAACGUGCUAAAGAACUAUUAUCGAAGGUAAAGACAGGCAACACAACAACUAGUGGCAGGACUGGCAACAAUGGAGGUACCAACGGUGCAGGAUAUUUUGAUUCGUCCCAUUCUGGAGAUGGUCCGCGUAAGCGUAAGAACUCUGACUCGCGUAAUGUGGAGCCUGAAUAUACUAAAGAACAAUUAGAAGCCGUGCGUAAAGUAAAAGGAUGCAAGGAUUACUACGAAAUUCUUAGCAUUACAAAGGAAGCUACGGAUUCUGAAAUAAAAAAAUCAUACAAAAAGUUAGCCUUGCUUUUGCAUCCCGACAAAAACAAAGCACCUGGCGCUUCCGAUGCUUUCAAAGCUGUCGGUAAUGCUGCGGCUAUACUCACAGAUGCUGAAAAACGCAAGCAAUAUGAUCUAUACGGCAUGAAUGAAACACACACCAGUGGUCAUGGUGUCCGCAGAGACACAUAUGAAUUUGGAUAUGCACGUGGAUUCCAGGCUGAAGUGAGUCCUGAAGAUUUGUUCAAUAUGUUCUUUGGUGGUGGUUUCGCUCAGCAAAAUAUCUAUAACCGGCAACCGAGACGUCGACCACAUCAACGAGACGAAGGCGAAAAUCAAAAUUCUUCGACGCUUAUCAACUUUUUGCCUAUUCUACUGUUAAUUGGAUUAUCAAUGAUAUCUUCAUUUUUCAUAACUGAUCCGAUUUAUAGUUUGUCACAAUCGCAAAAAUAUGCUGUAAAACGGGAAACCAAUCGUCUAAAAAUUCCAUACUAUGUGAAGCACAAUUUCCAUACUGAAUAUCAGGGAUCUGUGGGACGUUUGGAAGAAUCCGUGGAAGAGGACUUUAUAGAUCACUUAAAAUAUUCUUGUAGUCGUGAACGGAAUUACCGUGAUUCUAUGCUAGCUAAGGCACGUUCGUUUGGUGACCGCGAUCUUUUCCGCAAAGCGCAAAAUAUCAAUAUGCCCUCAUGCGACAAUCUACAAAACUAUUUAAAUACGUAGUUGACAUUAAAAUCUUCAUAAGCAUUGUGUUGUCUUUGUUAUUAUGUUUUUAAUGUUCAUUUCGCUAUUAAAAUAUAGUCAACGGAAUUAUGUGUGCGGGUAUGGCAAUACACAAAUGCAGCAACAAUAAUCCACGGAGCUAACCGUAAAAUGAUAGUUACAAAAAUAUAAAUAUUUUAUUCAAACAAAUUUUAAGCGAACAUUGCGCUAUUUUUCGGUUGUCUAUAAAAUACUAAACUAAAAAAUUUGAAGAUCCAUGAGUAUAUGAAAUAUAUAAACAUAAAUCUAAGCAUAAUAUAUCUAUAUAUAUUAACACUACUGUAUUUAUCGAUGUAAUUUACUCGAUCUGAAAAUAAAUGCAGUGGUC